GUGUGGUCGACACCCCAUCCCAGUUCACAAACGUAGGACUGUCGGCGUUGUCCGUAAGCAUUUCGCGGGUUCUUCAUCCAAAGACUGCGAUUGUCCGUCAAGAUACAGCAGUGAUUGGAGAAUCUGACUGUGACUAUUCAUACUAUUUCAACUCACCGCUCACACGAUCUCGGUCAGAAGAACAGAGACAACACCUCUGGCAUUCGGAAUCUUGCUUUUGGCCUCAACCCCGCCGUUCAAGAGAUAGAUGCCGUUUUGAUAUCUCGGCGAUUCCCAAAGACUUGGCUUCUCUGCCCCGACCUCUCCGUAUCCGCUACUCGGUGGGUUGCACGAGGUGCAAGACAUCGCGGCGUGUCAAAUGACUGAGAUACAAGACGACAUAGCUACCACUGUGGACGCGUUUCUAGUCGCCGCUGGGCUCGGAGAACCUCCUUUAGGCGCGUCUUCAAGUCGCGACGAUCCACUGGACUUGGUUUAUUACGUCCAAGAAGGCGACGGCCUGGCUCCUCGCCCUUCUUUGGAUGUAUAACGAGUCACCCUCUCUCAUUUUUAAGCCCCAUCUUCCACGUCUCUUCUCUCUGUUGUCGUAUUGCUCUCGUCGCUCUCUCGCUCUCUAUCGCUUUCCUCGCAUUCGCACUCAAGAAAAUCGAUUACCACAAUGUCCGCCACAAUCUCUACGCUACAAAUAUCUCCCAACAACAAUCUAUCUGUACCCAUCAAGGCGUCGGAUUUACGUUUACCUUCCUACCACUGCUCUUACUUGAACAGAUUCCAUCCAUAUGCGAGAGCCAGCCCUCGACCCCAAGACUUAAUGAAGACCGUAGACCGGCCCUUUGCCGAUUACCAGGACGGCAGGCCGAGUUUCGCUUUGUCCGUAGUCAGUGAAGAAGACGAGAACGCUGUUAACGCGUUUGCGGAAGUUCCUAUUGCUCCCGAAGUGCAAUUGGUCAUUGCCGCUACUCGUCCAGGCCCUCUCAAGGGUAUCAGAUUAUUAGAAGCUGUCAUCGAUUUCGCUCUCAUGAUGAGACGUAGGCUUAGGUCGAACGCCAAAGACAGCUUCCAAUGAAUGACGCAGGACAAUGGAUCGAAGCAUCGGAAUCAUCCCACACCCAACAUUUCUGUUCGACGUGCACCGCUCAUGUAUUCAUAUGUAGUUUCCUAGUGUUUCGAAGAUGCCGGCAGUUGUCAUCGCAUCCUACUACACCCUCACUGGUGCACCAUUGUGUUACAAUCUAGGAUCGUACUAUUCUCAGGAUGCAUCGAUGUCGAUGUCCCGUGCCCAUUGUUCCUUCAGAUCGCUGGAUCAGACCCGGCGAAAAUUUCAGAGACUGUGAGAGCGCGAGAGCGUCGAAGCGAU